AAGAGGAGGACCGGAAGUUCCGCCGCAGAGCGACAGACAAACGGCUUCGAGGUUCCGAGCCGCAGGUUUUGACCCGGUUCUUUGGAGUUCUCCGUCUUCAGACGCUUCCUCCCAACCAUGAGUUACUCCGACUACGACUCGGACGGGUACCAGUCCCACGAGGAUGAGGACUAUGUCCCGUCGGAUGAUAACCUCAGUGAGGACGACAUGAACGAGUGCGAGAAGGAGGACCCUCUACAUCAGGAGGAUAGCGUUCCACAUCCUGGCAGGAAGAAGAAGAGGAGGAAGGAUGUUCAUAUGAGCAGGAAGCGCAGGAAGUCCGAGGAGGACGGCAAAGAACGGGCUGAUCCACCACAGGGAGGUGAUGAAGAUGAGGCCACGCAGAAGAAAAAAUCUGAUGAUCUUUGGGCCAGUUUCCUGUCUGACGUUGGAUCCCGGGACAAAGCCCCCGCAGAAGAGUGUCCCCCCAGAAAACAGGAGACUCCGUCUUCAGGCCUGCAGCCUCAGGCUUCCACUGCACAAACGAAAACAUCCCAGGCCGAUAAAGUGGUCAUCACCAAAGUGUUCGACUUUGCUGGAGAAGAAGUCCGGGUGAGCAAAGAAGUGUCAGCAGACUCCAGGGAAGCCAAGACUUACCUGAAGACCCAGAAAGCUGAGGAGGAGGAUGCUGGAAACCCGGACAAGCCCCCAGUUAGCGAGUCGCCUCUCCCUGGAGCCAGCACCAAACGUCCGUCAGGCAUGGGCGGCAUCCUCAGUCGCCUUGGAGGAAAGAAACCAAAAAUGAGCACGCUGGAGAAGUCCAAGAUGGACUGGGAUGCUUUCAAGUCAGAGGAGGGCAUCACAGAGGAGCUGGCUAUCCACAACAGAGGCAAGGAGGGGUUUGUGGAGCGGAAAAACUUCUUGGAGCGUGUUGACCAUCGCCAGUUUGAGUUGGAGAAAGCUGUGAGACUGAGCAACAUGAAGCAGUGAUACACACACACAGAUACACACACACACACACACAACAGAGAAACACACACAGAUUCACAGAAACAUACAAUCACACAGGAAUACACACCAACAGAUACACAAAUACAAGCAGACACAGACCCAGAUGUUGGGGCCUCAUGUACACUGCCCCCCCCCUGUAAUGACAGGGCUGUGGGAAUGGGCUGUGGUUGUGUAGGGAGGGGUCGCCACUGCUCUGGGGUGAGAACCAGUGAGAGUUUCAGAUUUUCUCCAGAGCUGCUGGUUAUCUGCACCACGGAUCUCUGACCUAAACCCCCCCCCCCCCCACACACACACACAGGCCUCUUCCUGCACUGAUGGGAGCUGGAACGUCACCAUGCUUGGAGAAGUGCUCUCCAUCGGACCAUGGACAGAAAAGGAGUCGCUUCAGCAGGAAGAGUGAAGGAACAAUUCAAGACUUUCAUCUUUUCAACGAUGCUUUUGAAAUCUAAGUUUGGGAUGGAAGGAGUUUGUGCAUCAAGUCUCACCUGAACCACACACAUUUGUUUUUCUCCCCGAUUCCUCUGAAGAAAGCUUUGAUGGAGGAGUCGGGCAGUGGCAUCUCUUUCAGGUUCUUCUCUCCUGAAAAGAUGUUUGCACAGAGACGUUCUUUGUGGAUCGUUGGGCUGGCUCUCCUCUCCCGGACUCCUGGUUCUGCUAACCUGGGCUCCAUUUUUUAUUGACUAACCUACAGGUGAUGUGGUUGAGCAGUCUGCUGUUUUCACGGCGCCCCACAGCUUUGUGAUGUGGUCAUGUGACCCCACCUGAACCUCUCAUCCCGGAAUCACAGUCCAAGCAGUUCCACACCUGAACUGUUCAAUGGGAGCACAAGUUUGGCUGCUGAUGGAGGCAGAAGGAAGACCUGGAGUCCUUUUGGUUUAACCUUAGUCACUGUAAGGUUUAGUUUCUUCUUGUUUUCCGUGUAAAUAUUAAAUUUGGCUUUGAUGUGUUCAGUC